GAGAGGCGGGGCAGGUCUGGCCGCGGGGCGACCGAGAUGGCGGCCUCCGGGGGCCUAGAGGGGCCCUGGGCGCGCACUCGCCCUUCCGGCUUGGCCUUUAGUUAGUGACCAGCCCCUCGGUGUUCGGCAGAGCGUGGGUUUCAGCGAGUUCUACGUGCCAGGUCCGCCCGGUGCCGGCUUCCUCGCUGCCCCUGGCGGCUCGUCACCUCCCACUUCCCCUGAACUUGGUCCCAAUGGCGGCCCGCCCCUCCUUCACCCGGACCAUGGGCAUCUGGGCCUCGCCGAAGCCGCCAAGGUGGUUACUCUGGCUUCUACAGCCCGGGUCCAGCCCUUUGCCACCGAGGCCUGAUACUCUUUUCUGCCCUAAAGAACUUGCCCUGACAGCCUCUCGCUGCCGUUCCUGAGGAUCUUGCUUGUCCAAACCCAGAAGACAGUGCAUGAAGCCGGGGGACAUCCGCCAUGCUCCAAGCAACUUGGCCUCAGAGAUUGAGCAGGAACCUGUUGUUUCAGGAGUCAGUGACCUUUGAGGAUGUGGCUGUUUACUUCACCCAGAAUCAAUGGGCCAGCCUCGACCCUGCGCAGAGGGCCCUAUAUGGGGAGGUGAUGCUGGAGAAUUAUGCAAAUGUGGCUUCCCUGGUAGCAUUUCCAUUCCCCAAACCUGCUCUGAUCUCCCACCUGGAGAGAGGGGAAGCACCAUGGGGCCCAGAUCCCUGGGACACCGAGAUUCCGAGAGGCAUCAGUCAAGGUGGUGAGUCCUGGAUCAAAAAUGAAGGGCCAGUUAUAAAGCAGGAAGCCUCUGAAGAAACAGAGUUGCACAGAAUUCCGGUAGGAGGACUUCUCAGGAACGUUUCUCAGCACUUUGAUUUUAAAAGCAAGGCAAUGCAGCAGACUUUCAAUCUAAAUCCAAACCUGAUACUUCGAGGUGGAAUGAAGUUCUAUGAAUGUAAAGAAUGUGGGAAAAUCUUCCGAUAUAACUCAAAGCUCAUUCGGCAUCAGAUGAGUCACACUGGGGAAAAGCCCUUUAAGUGUAAGGAGUGUGGCAAAGCUUUCAAGUCCAGCUAUGACUGUAUUGUACAUGAGAAAAACCACAUUGGAGAAGGGCCCUAUGAAUGUAAGGAGUGUGGCAAAGGUUUGAGUUCCAACACAGCCUUGACUCAGCAUCAGAGGAUCCACACUGGAGAGAAACCCUAUGAAUGUAAAGAGUGUGGGAAGGCUUUCCGUAGGAGUGCGGCCUACCUGCAGCAUCAGAGAUUACACACGGGAGAGAAACUCUAUAAAUGUAAGGAAUGUUGGAAAGCUUUCGGUUGUAGGUCACUUUUUAUUGUCCAUCAGAGAAUUCAUACUGGGGAGAAACCUUACCAGUGUAAGGAGUGUGGCAAAGCCUUCACUCAGAAAAUAGCCUCCAUUCAGCAUCAGAGAGUUCACACUGGGGAGAAGCCUUAUGAAUGUAAGGUGUGUGGGAAAGCCUUCAAAUGGUAUGGAAGUUUUGUUCAGCAUCAGAAAUUGCACCCUGUGGAGAAGAAGCCGGUCAAGGUUCUUGGGCCAUCCCUAGUCAGUCCCCAGUGCCCCUCUCCAGCCUUACCUCCUGUUCUUCUCCAGGGAUCCUGUUCUGCUCCAGCUGUGGCUGUGCCUUCACUGACCUUUCCACAUGCUGUGCUCAUUCCUACCUCUGGGAAUUUGUUCAUGCUGCUGCCUACAUCUGGAAUACCUUCUUCAUCUGCCCAAAUAGUGCGUGUCUUCCAGGAUCUUACUCCCACUGUGAAACCUUCCCCAGUUAUUCUCACCCCUUCUUCUCACUCCUCAUGAGCUUUAUCUUGGCAGUCUUAUGGUUCUUAUGCCCAGUAAAUCUCCAACCUAAUUUUUUUUUUUUUUGAGACAGGGUCUUGCUCUGUCACCCAGGCUGGAGUGCAGCAGUGUGAUCUUGGCUCACUGCAACCUCCACCUCCUGGGUUCAAGCGAUUCUCUUCCUUCAGACUCCUGAAUAGCUGGGUUUACAGGCACACAUCACCACCCCCAGCCAAUUUUUGUAUUUUUAGAAGAGACAGGGUUUCGCCAUGUUGGCCAGGCUGGUCUCAAACACCUGACCUCAAGUGAUCUGCCUGCCUUGGUCCCCCAAAGUGCUGGGAUUACAGAAGUGAGCCACUGUGCCCGGCCUCCAACCUAAUUUGAGUUUCAUUCAUAUUUUUUUCCUCACCUUAAAUGUGUUACAGCUGUUUCAACAUAAAUUCCAUUAUCAUCUAUAUACAUUUAAAGACUAUGUUUAUAUAAUCUCUUCUGGGUAGAAAAUGGAAAUACUGAACCUUUGCUUUAGUCCCUUUCAGUCUUGAACAACAGUGGCUGUAUCUGCUUCGUGGGGUUGCUGGUGGUAGAACACUUUGGUGUUAGGAAAGUUUGGAAAAGAGGAUAUCCCUGUGUUAGGCUAUUAUGAUUAGAGAUAAGCAGCCUGGGAGAAAUGUACAAGACUCAUGGCUACUGGUAGAGAAUUGGGAUAAGCUUCCAACAAUGGACCGUAGAGAUUAAUGGAGAUUGUUUAGUGGGCCUAUGGCUAGGUGGGGUAUUAAUACAGUUGAAGUUAUAUUGCCCUUGGCACACAUCUUUGAGAAUCUCGUACAUCUAUGCAAAAGAUAGUGUGAAAUAAACAGUAAAAAAAAAAGUAUGUGUUGAUGGCAGUGAGAGCAAUCAUGUCUUCAAACAUGAAGUUUUUUUCCUUUAGUUUUGCUCUUGAUAGCUAGAUGUUUAACUUUUAUUUCCUAAGUAAAUGUACACAAAGUCAUUCAUCUUUGUUGCAUGUGUUUUGUAGAUUUUUCUUGAUGAGCAUUGUUUUUUUUUUUCUUUGUGAGCACUGGCUUCUAUAUUUUAUUUCAUAUUUAUGAACUGUAAAUACGAAUUUGAUGAAUUACUAAAGAAAUAAAAGUAAUGGUGUAAAGCCAACUCGAGGGGAAUCUGAAUAAGCCUCCAAAAUUGUUUUUUAGAAAUAAAGGGAGCUGUUUAGUGGGUCAGUGGCUAGGCUUAUGUGGUAGGUUAGUGAAGUGGAAUUUGGGAUUGCUCUUGGAAGUGGCUUUGAUGAGGAUCCUUUACAACCAUUCAGAGGACUGUGUGAAGUUGUUACUGGGAAAAGAACUUGAAUUCUGCAUUUAUUGGCAUUAAUGUAAACAUAAGUCCUAAGCAUUGAUGGAAGGGUCCAUAUAUUUUUUUCUUUUGUGCUGCUGUUGCUAUCUAGAUGUUUCUCUAUAACAGUUAAUAGCAAAACCUUUACAUUCUUGGUUUUUAAACUUUACCAUGUGCCUGAAUUGUGUGAUGUGCUUGUAAAAAGAAGAGUUUUCUGUCUUGCAGAAAUUCUGAUUUUGGAUAUCUGUGGUGGUGGCCAGAUCUUUAGCAUGGACCAUACUUUGAGAGAUAUGCUUCAAACAGAAAACGCUCACCCCUCCUCCUUUACCCAGCUUAAACUCUAUGGUCAAUUCUUAAAAUAAUUCCUUUACAGUCUCCCUUAACACCCUUGCCCUUCUCUUGCUUUGUCAUGCUCACUUGGCAAAACCUCAUCUCUGACUAAAUACAGUUCUUUGCCUUCUCUGUUCCUGCACAAGAAGUGAUCAAGAGAAAGCCUACUACCAUGCUGAAUUGUCACUUUAAAUUCAUGACCCUUAAUUCAUGGAGGCCCUUAAUGUUUCCUGACGGUCAUACUACACUUUUUGGAGUCCACUUAACUCCCCUGCUUUCCUAGGCCACUACUUUAUACUCCCUCUCUUCUUUAACUUCCAAAACAUCCCUCUCAGUUCUCAUGCUCAGCUGAUGGUUGUUUCUGCCUUCUGCGAGAGAACCGCAAGCUCCAGAAAGUGGCUGUGCCUUCAGCCCCGUGCCAGAAUGAGAACAUAUGGAGCCAACUUGAGUCCGGAAGAGCUGUGGCUACCUCGUUUUGCCCAUCUACUUUUCGGCUUGCAGUAUCUGAUUCUUCACCACUGUAUUCUCAGUCACUUCCACUAAAUAGUGCUACUGUUUUAAGGUUCUGUCACACUCAGUAACCCACUUCUGGUUCCUCAUGCUGUGUCAGUGAUCAGUAGUAGACUGAAGAAUCCACCUUAGAUUUGCUGCACACUAUUAAUUAGCUUACAAAAUGUCUAAGAGGAACUAAGCUGGGAUGCCACAUAGGCAGAAGCCAGGAAAAAUGACCAACCACAGAACCAAGUGAUUCCAGUGGAAACUCAGCAACUGCUGGUGCCUGCUACUGGACUGCCACCCCCACUGAAGACAGAGACUGGACUACCAGGAAGGUUGUUUCACAUUCUGUAGUAAAAAUAUCCCUACAAUCAUUUUGGUAGGGUCUUCUGUCUUCAGCUAGGGUGUACCUGCUCAGUGGGAGUUGGUUAUAUAUGUAUGUCUAAGUUGCAGGGGCUUCUGGGAAAUACAGUUUUUGGAUUCUGCCUGGGAAGACAGUCAUAAUAUGGAGAAGUCUGAAAAUGGGGAAGGGGUUUUCAAAAUACGUUGGGUAGCUGUAAAAUAUCAGAUACCCAUUAUAGGCAUUGAAGGUGACCUAAAUGACAGAAGGAUGCACUAUAUUCAUGGGUAGGAAAUAUUAGUUUCAUCAAGAUUUCAAUUUUUAUCAAAUGAAUUCAUAAAAACAAUAUCAAAAUUCCAGAGGGGCCUGUGUAUAGAGAGGCAAAGGACACAGAGUAGCUAACCCAAUUUUGAAGAACAAGGGGGUUUUAUACUACCAGAUAUUAUAUACAAUGAUCAUCAAACAGAGCAAAGCCAAAAACAAACUCCCCAAACCCAAGUUGAAAAAAAAAAAACAAAAACACCCUACACUAUAAUAGUAUUAUUAUUAUUUUUUAA